GGCGGUUAGAGGUGCCCAUGGCUUCGCUGAGCGACGCCCGCAGGGGCGGAGGCUCCCUGGGCUUCCUGGUCCGGCUCCUGGUUCUUUGGCCCCACCUCAGGGAGACCAUGGCAGGUGAGGGUGCCAGACCCAAGGGGAAUUGUGCAAUGAGCCAGGGCAACCCCAGAGGCAUCAUCAGCUUCAGGGCACCUGAAAUCCCUGCAGGUUCCAGUACCCACCGUUGCUCCUGUGCCACCCACACCCGCAGGGAAGGAGACGUGGGGUCCAGCCAGACCCCCGUAUUGGAAGGGCUGCCCCCUCUAGGAGCCUGUGGCCAUCGGAUUUUGGGGAUAAUUGCUGGAAAGCCUGCCCCAGAAAGAAAGUGGCCCUGGCAGGUCAGCCUGCAGUUCAACGAUCGCCACAGAUGCCGAGGUUCCCUUAUUGCCCCACAGUGGGUGCUGACGGCAGCUCACUGUGUAGAACAGUAUCUGGUGCGGUGGGCUUGACCUGUGGCUUGGGUUACAGGAGACCGAGCCGUUCACAUCCCACUGCCUGAGCUUUCCUUUCUUUACCUGAUAAUGAAGCCAUAGCUCCUAAUGUGUGUUCACUGUGAGUGAAACAUGAGUCUUGCAUUUGUGACAAGAUUCCGGGUGCUACUCUGUGGUCCUGGGACCUCACUGGGAGAAUCACUGACUCCAGUGGUUAGGGGUGAGGAGGGGAUGUGGUUUACAGGGAGAAAAAGGCUGAUGGCUGGUAUAGGAGAUGGGAACAGUCUGGGAAGAACCUGGAAGGGGUGGAGGGGCGUGUUGACCCUUCAACAUCUCUGUGAGGGCAUAUUGUCU